GCGACAGAAACAGCCUACUAACAACAGAAUUUAUCCGACUCGACAACCAUACCAAAGACAAAGAACAAGAACCUACAACACAGAGAGUGACUAGGCGAAAUGAAUAUCGACGCUAGUGAACAGGUAAGUGGCCCUCCCGGUGAGAAGCCUCUUGCUACCGCGUCCAGACAGUCCUCGUCCGAGCCGAACCUGGAGGACGAGCCCGCCGCCCCGGGGGAACACGGCGUUUGUAACCCACCAGCCAUAAAGCCCGCAGGUAUCUCCUUCGGUGUCGAGCUCGAGUUCGUCGUGGCCUGGGUGUACGAAGACGAGCCGGAUCCCGACCAAGAUAUCGCCGACAAGCUGGCCCCUCUGCUUCGCAUCCCCCGGGAGAUGGGGUCCUCGUUUGCGCGGCACCUACAUAUCCGGAGACAACUGACGAAAGCCUUGGUCGAGGUCGGCCUUCCCGUCGAAGGGGGAGAGGGCUAUGCCCCGGGCUCAAUUCAACAGCGCCAGGCAGGCGUUGGAUGCACCUCGGCCUUCUCCAUCACGCAUGACUUCUCGAUUCACGAAUAUCAAUCCAGUGCCGGCUACCAAUAUUGCGGUAUAGAGCUGAUCAGCCCCGCUAUGUGGGACAAGGACAACAGCUUCGACCUGAUCCGUCUCGCACUCACGACCAUGACGUCGUCAUUCCGCUGCCGCGUCAACUCGACCUGCGGCUUCCACGUGCACAUCGGGGUGGGACUCGGCCGGCAUAUCGAUGCACGCACGGUGCGCAAACUGGGCGCCUUCAUUUGGGCGGCCAGCCCGCUGCUGAGCGUGCUGCACCCGCCUCAUAGGACGAACCACAUGUACAGCCGCAGCCUCCGCCGGUACAACAUCAGCCGCCUCGGCAGUGGCGACCCGCAAGCGGUUGCCCGCUCGUGGGGCGAGUUGAACGACGUCGACCAGGCGAUGGCCCGUUUCUCUGGGCGGGAUCGCUGGGUGGGCGAGCCGUACAAUAUCGCGGAUGACGACUUGCUGAAGAAGAUCCGUCGGUACGUGAGGGCGGCCCGGGGCACGCUGGGUAUACAUGAGCUAACGGACUUGGCCAUCAGAGCCGAGAUGGGAGAAGACAUUUCGUUCCGAGAGCUUGGAGAGCCGGCGCGACAUGGUCAGAACAGACGCCACAUGACGUCUCCUUCUUCGAAUUGCGAGGAGGAGGAGAACGAGAAGGAGGAGGACAAAGAGCUACGGCGACGAUACGGCCCUCCCAAGGUCGAUAUCCAAACUCCGGCAGGUGGCACGGCCAAGGCCAAAACGUACGAGACGGGACCACUGGCUCCCCCACGACCGCGGAAGCCAAUUUUCGUGCGCAGUAUCCCGCCUGUGCCGCUCCGCCAGUGGAAGACGGAAGAUGACAAGGACCAUUCCAACGCCAACCUGCGCGAGGGUGAGGGUGAGGGUGAGGGUGACAGCGACGGGGACGGGGACGGGGACUCUUCGUACCAAGACUCGGAAAACGGGGACGGGCAGUUGGACCCGCCGAGGCGACAGGACGUCAUGUCCGGGGUGGCGACGCUGCUGGGGGCGGACUUCUCGGCCGGCCUGGUCGGGACGCUGCUGUGCAACCUGGGGAACACCAAGUCGGCGGCAUACAACCUGGCGUCGUACCGGUUGCUCUCGUACCAUAGGGGCGGGGGGCGGGACUCGGAGCUGGCGGACGACGAGGACACGAUGCAGGACGAGUCCCCGCGGCGCACGACGGUGGAGAUACGCGAGGCGGCGGGCACGUUGCGGCCGGAGUGGAUGACGACGUGGGCGCGCGUGUGGUGCGGGAUUCUGCGGUGGUGCCGGGAUGCGAGCGAGGUGGACUUCCUCGCGGUCAUGCGGCUGCUGGCGUGGGCGCAGGAGGAGGGGGGGCAGUACGACGUGGUGGACCUGCUGGUCGACCUUGGCAUGCCGGAGCAGGCUCGGGCGUGCGAGGCGCGGCUGCGCAAUGGGGAGAAUGAGCGGAUGGAGCAGGAGGAUCUUCCGGAUCCGGAUUUGAAGGACUUGGAGUUUGGGGGGGUUGGGAGGACGGGGACCACGAAUGAUGGCGAGAGGAUGCGGAUUACCAUUGAGUAAGGUGAGUUUUUCCCCUGAGGUGAGUUUUUCCCCCUUUUCUGUUCGGCUCUGGCUUUUCUUUUUUUUUUCCUUCUUUUUCUUGGAAUUUGGCACAGCAUACAGGACAUAACAUAUACGACAACAUACGAAGAACAAACGUAUUCUAGCUGGUUAUGACAAAAGGUAAGCGAAGUGAAGCA